GAAAGACACUAUACGAAAAUGUAGACAAUAAAAUAAAGUAAAGUAUAUAAAACAACAAACAACAAUAGGUUGGGACAUGGCAAGAAUGAGAUGGAGGGGUCAGUUAGGAGUAGGGAGGAAAAGCAAGAGUGAAAAGGCUCCAGUCAAGAUGAACCCAAAGAUGAACUUGAGCGCCCUGGUGAUCGUGUUGCUGUUCUCUCUGAAGCUGGUCUCUUCUGCUCAUGGCCCCAACACAGGGAAGGACUGCUGUCCAAGGACACAGAAGGCAAAGAUCCCGUUGAAACAGAUAGUCUCCUACUAUAAAACCAGCAGCAGCUGCGCCCUGCCGGCCCUUGUAUUUGUGACUAAACUCGGAAAACACUGGUGUGUGAAUCCCGCUGAUGGCUGGGUGAAGAGCCAUGCAGCUGCUGUGGACCGCAGGUUGGCCAGCACUCCAGCGAUGAGCACCAGAGCCUAAGGCCUACUGCCCUAGCAGGCUGUCAAUCAUCUACAUUUCACAUUUUAGUCAUUUGGCAGAUGCUUUCAAUCCAAAGGUUCUUUA